AUGGCUUCGCUGGGCCAUUCGCGCGCGAGCAGCGUAGCCACCGCCGGCACACACUCCAUGGCCAAUGGAGGCGCAUUUGGCCACCCCUCUGGCCCAGGAGGCCGUCGUGGAGGGGAUACACCCGCUGCUCCAUCAAUUCCGCAUAUCGACGACAUCCUCGCCAACCCGCGAAACAUUGAUGAGAAUCAGUCCAUCCGAAAGCUGCUCGAGGCGGCUCAGGCGUCGUUGCGCCAGGCUGAGAUGGCCCGCGACUUUCGGAGACCGGCCAUCGCCCUCCAGGAGUACCUCCGAGCGUCCAUCAUUGCUAUUCAGAUCAUUGGAAACCAUCGAGACUAUUCCUCCAUGCAGAGCGACCACAAGGAUCUCGCACGUGCUCAUACCGCCUUCCUGAACCAGCUUCGUCAACAAGAUCCCUUCUACGCCAAGCUCAAGCAGGAUAUCAUUGCGGAUAACAAGAGAACUGGUGUGCAGCCCAAGAUUGGUCUACCUGGCUCGUCUCAAGGAGGCAGCCGGCCCCAAUCCCCCUCCAAGCCAGCGGUUGAUAGAUCAAUACCUCCGCUGAAUCAACAAGUCAAUGGGUCUCCCCGGUCCAGCAUCAGUGGUCCUAUAGCUCGGUCGAAGCCAGUUAUUCAACCAAAACCACAAGCCCUUCAUGGGAACGCAAUCAAGCCACCUCAAAGGACCAAUACAGCACAAGAUCUUGCCGCCCGGUUUGCCAACCUGAGGGGACCGCAGCCUUCGCCAGGACAGGAUCCUCGCAUAAAGACACAUCAGAUAACCCUUCCCAAGCCCAUGGGACCCCGAGAAAUGCCCCCGCCUAGGCCACCAAAGGUCGAACUGGACACCAAUGUCCCAACUCUGCCUAAGAUGCCUGAUGCGAUCUACAGCCCUGCUCGUGGGAGCAUAUCGGGUGAAGUGUCCAGGCCACCUAUGAGUACGCCACGGGGCGUAUACAACCGAACCACAUCCUCAGCUUCCAUUCCUGGCACUCCCACGGCUUCAUCACAGUCCCAGUCAGAUUACUUUACCCCUCCUACACAAAGCUACUCCAACAACACAAUCCCCCCUGUUCCCCCUGGGAACGCGAUCAAAAUCCCAGAAGGAGAGUCUAUUACACCAGAGGAAUUAUAUCAGGCCAUGAAGGCCAAAGGUACCAUUCUCAUAAUCGACGUUCGAGUUCGACAGGAGUUCAAUGAAGGUCACAUCAUGUCCUCGUCGACGAUUUGCGUCGAACCAAGUAUACUUCUUAGGGAGAGUCCUUCGGCAGAUCAGAUUUCAGAGAGUCUUGUAUUAUCGCCGAAUCAGGAACAGUCGCUUUUCGAGCAACGCGACAAGUACGAUCUAGUUGUCUUCUAUGACCAAGACUCUGAGGAGAUUCCCAAGCAUCCUCGAAACUCGGACGAUUUGGUCAUUGUUUCGCUUCAUCGAGCCUUGGUACACUUCAACUACCCGAAAGAUCUCAGGAAUCCUCCCAAGAUACUCAAGGGAGGCCUGGAUGCAUGGGUUGAUCUAAUGGGUUCAGCAUCUCUGCAGUCAAACGAGCCAGGACCCUCAAAGCCGGUGCAAUUGCAACGGAGCCGAAACCGUGCCACGGCAAUUGAACGAAGGAGGUCGAAGUAUAUUGUCAAGCCUCUCAGACCAGACGAGGUCAAGGCAUGGCAAGAAACUCUCAAGAAUGACGAUAUGCAAACGGCAUCCUCCCCAAGCUUCACCCGCACAACUGAAGAGUUUCUUAGGAGGUUUCCCCCUGUUACUCUUGAGCAAGAGUCCAUGACUGCUCCAGAAAAGCCGCAACACCGACCGGGCUAUGGGUUAUCUCACAAGGUCGACUUGUAUACAGACCUUCCUUCGCCGCCCACACGGCCAGCUCCGGCCCUCCCGCGGCCAAGCUAUAGUGGUCUGUCUGAGGGAGGGGAUGAGAGUGAGCUUUAUGGCAACAAUAACACGCCUCCCCCAACUCGCCUUGUGAGAGUGCCCUCGGCGAAGCCCAUGGAGCAGCAGUCGACAGGUGAUACCGCCAAGUUCUACACAGGUCUCAACAACCCCCACAACUGGUGCUAUGCCAACAGCACACUGCAGAGUCUUCUUGCCUCGCCCGAGUUUGGCCGGGAGUUGGCAAACUCGGGAUGGGUGGACAGAUAUCAUGCGCCGAGGAAGGAUGAUGAAAAGAUUGAUCAUCCCCAGUUGAUGAUACGUAUCAUCUCCAACCUGUUCCAUUGGAUGAGCUCGGGCAAGUUCCAGGUUAUGAAGGCCCAGACACUCAUGGAUUAUUCACGUCACAUUUGCGAUCAGGGCCGGAGCAUCGAGCAGUUUGGUGGCAAACAGCAGCAAGACGCUCAAGAGUUCAUGUCCUUCUUGCUCACUCACCUUCACGACGAAACAAAUACUCGGCGAGACCGCAAGGGCCAGGCUGCGCAGCCCGACACAACGAAGCAGAGCCUCCUCCAGGCGGCGGCUGAUUACUGGCAUAACCAUCUCGAGUACAACCGGUCUAUAGUCGAUCGCUACUGGCGCGGACUCGAGCUGUCGACGGUCGAAUGCUUCGAGUGUCACACGCGUACUUAUCAGUUCACUCCCUUCGACUGGAUCCCCGUCACUGUUGGCAUGGGCCGCGGCAUGACGCUUGAGCAGGUUCUCGACCAGCACACGGCGGGCAACACCCUCGACGACUUUUCAUGCGACCGCUGCCGACGUCCCACCCGCGCUCUGCAGUCCCUCUCGCUCGCCCGCCUCCCCUCCCUGCUCUGUGUCGUCUUCCGGCGCUUCCACUACCAGCAGGCAACCUCCGAUCUGCGCAAGUCGACGGCCCCCAUCACAUGGGAUUUCAACGAUACCGACUUUACGCGCUACUUUCUUCCUCCUGCGGAUCGCGCGGCAUGUUCUGGUGUCGAACCCACUGAUCCGGCCUUCACGGGUCCGUUCAGGUAUGAAGCGUACGCCGUCAUCGUUCACACGGGCAGUCGCAUCGACAAUGGCCAUUACCUGGCCUACGUCCGCGACUCGUCUUCUCACGACCCGUACGCUUGGUACUGCUGCAACGACUCGCGCGUUACAAAGGUCCGCAUAGGCCAUGGCGGCAGCGACGACGCUCAGGAAGAAGUCUUCAAGUCUGGCCGAGAUCGUGUACCUUACCUCGUCUUCUUCCGCCGAAAGGGGAUGCGAUAA